CUCCAUUUUCUUUUUUAUUUUAUUCCUUUUGAUUCUUCAUUCUCUUCCAAUUUUUAAAUUUUAAUGAAAUCCUCGUUUUUCCGGCGAGUUUAGCGCUGCCGGAGUUUUGAAUCAUUUCAAAAAAAUCUCAAAAAAGGAGAAAGGGAAAUGUCACUGUACGACGACGCAUUUGUUAACACGGAGCUGUCAAAGCGGACGUCGAUUUUCGGGUUAAGAUUAUGGGUGGUGAUCGGUAUUCUACUUGGUUCACUCAUAGUAUUGACUCUCUUUCUUCUCUCACUUUGCCUCACUACGCGCCGCAAACCUCGCAGACAUCAACACCUGGACCCAACGCCGCCAAUCUCCAAAGACAUCCGGGAAAUAGUCCACCACCCGUCCGCACCAGAUCAACACCAUAUCCCUCCGCCGGUGCCGGAGAUUCAAGUUGAUUUGGGGAAAGUCGAACACAGGGUGGUGUUCUCCAGUGGGGAAAGUAGGGGGCCUACGAGCGCGGGCGCUAGCGUUUGCGAGACGGCGUCGUUUGGAAGCGGAAGUGUUGGGCCGGAAGUGUCUCAUCUUGGCUGGGGAAGAUGGUAUACUUUGAGGGAACUGGAAUUAGCUACGAAUGGAUUAUGUGAAGAGAAUGUGAUCGGUGAAGGCGGCUAUGGAAUUGUUUACAGUGGCGUUUUAACUGAUGGAACUAAAGUUGCUGUUAAGAAUUUGCUUAAUAACAGGGGUCAAGCCGAGAAAGAAUUUAAGGUCGAGGUGGAAGCAAUUGGGCGUGUACGACACAAGAAUCUUGUACGAUUGCUUGGAUACUGUGUUGAAGGUGCAUACAGGAUGCUUGUAUACGAGUAUGUUGACAAUGGCAAUUUGGAACAGUGGCUUCAUGGGGAUGUCAGUCCUCUUACGUGGGAGAUUCGAAUGAAUAUCAUAUUGGGAACAGCCAAAGGUUUAGCCUACCUUCAUGAGGGCCUUGAACCAAAGGUUGUCCAUCGGGAUGUAAAAUCCAGCAACAUCCUAAUUGACCGCCAGUGGAACUCCAAGGUUUCUGAUUUUGGACUUGCUAAACUCUUGGGUUCAGAGAUGAGUUAUGUGACAACUCGAGUCAUGGGAACAUUUGGUUAUGUUGCUCCAGAAUAUGCUUGUACCGGAAUGCUGAAUGAGAAGAGUGAUGUGUAUAGCUUUGGUAUACUUAUUAUGGAGAUUAUUUCUGGGAGAAGUCCAGUUGACUAUAGCCGUCCUCAAGGAGAGGUGAAUUUGGUCGAGUGGUUAAAAACCAUGGUUGGAAACCGAAAAUCAGAGGAAGUAGUUGACCCUAAGUUACCUGAGAUGCCUUCCUCAAGAGCACUUAAACGUGUACUGUUGGUUGCUCUUCGAUGUGUCGACCCUGACGCAACAAAGAGGCCAAAAAUGGGGCAUGUUAUCCACAUGCUUGAGGCUGAUGAUCUGCUAUUCCGUGAUGACCGUCGGAUUGCAAGAGAUCAGCCUAAUUCACAUUCUGGUGAUCAUCAAACGAAUCGCAACACUACAAAAUUAGCCGAUUGUCGAUUUGACGGGGCCUCUGCUUCCGAUACAAGUGAUAGUGGGGCGAACCAUCACCAGCCUACCAGGUGGAGAUAACGUUAGGUGACAAACAAGCCCCUCUUUUAAAGUAUUUAUUUAUUUAUUAAUUAAUUUUUCUAGUAGUCCCCAUGUGUGGGUGUUGUAUCUCCAAAUAAGA